CUACAACAUUGUUGUUUCAGUGAUGCAGUCCAGAUAGCCGGUGCGCGCGCGCAGCCAUGCCGCUGCCCAAGCGCUGCGUGGAGCCGGUCCACGUGUCGCGCGGGACCGUGCCCGAGCGGCUCGCCGUGCCGUCCGAACUCGAAGCCGUCACUAAUGGAACACUCGCUCAUACCGUCAGACAAUUAUCGUCGCUGUCAAAACAUGCGGAGGAUAUGUUUGGUGAGCUCACCCGAGAGGCCACCAACCUGGCCGAGAGGACCAAUGUGCUGCAGGCAAGAAUAGAUCGGCUCGCCAUACAGGUCACGCAACUAGACUCUGGAGUCGAAGAAGGCAUGAUGUCAUCGGAGGAGCCGGACGCAAUGGUACCGCCGCCGCCUCCUCCCGCACCCCCUGCGCCGCCUGCACUCCCGCUGGAGCCGUCGCCACCGCCGCCUGAAGAUGACCGGCCGCGCCCACCGUCGCCCGGCGCGCUGCUGCGCGGCGCCUCCGCGCUCAAGCCCCCGCGCCCGCAGGCUGAUCCGCAGCCCGAUCCGCGCUCCGAUCUACUCAAGGCCAUUCGCGACGGCAUAAAGCUGCGGAAGGUGGAGAAGCGUGUGGACGACUCGACCGGGCGGUACGACACUCUGCGCGGCGUGCCCGCUUUCCUGGACGUGGCGUCGAUUCUGGCGCGACGCGUGGCCGUGGAGCUCAGCGAUACCAGCUCCGGCGCUGACUCUGACUCCGACGACUCCGAACAGUGGACGGAGAGUCGCGCGUGACGCCGCGCCUCCCCGCGUCGCGAGCCCC